AUGGCUGAACUCGUGCUUUCUUCCCUCCUCCAGCAGCUCCCUGUCCUCUUUGAGAGGCUGACUGAUGCAGCUUUGAAAACCAUUGCUCGCCACAAGGGACUUGAUGCUGAGAUCAAGAAAUUGCAGAAAUCAUUAGUCUCCAUCCAACUUUAUCUUACUCAUGCUUCUCAGAUGGAGAUAACUGAUCCAUCUCUGAAACAGCGACUGAAUGAUCUCCAGCAUCUGGCUUAUGACAUCGAUGACGUCCUCGAUGGUUGGGCUACCGACGCUAUGGACCCUGAGUUCAAGCAACAGCCAGAAGGCAUCACCGGCAAGGUAAGAAAGCUAAUCACCCCAACUUGUUGCACAACUUUCUCACGGACUACAACUAUGAUUGCCGAGUUAGAUGAUAUUUCCACCAAACUACAAGAUCUAGUUAAGGAGAAAGAUAACCUUGGUUUAGAUAAUCUUGGUUUGAAAGUGGAAGAGGAAACUAGGCCAAGAACUAAUAAUAACCGAAGAUUACAAACCUCUGUUGUCAACCCAUCUAGUAUUGUUGGGCGCCAAGCUCAUAAAGAUGCACUGGUUCAACAGCUAUUGUUACCGGCUGAUGAACCAUGUGAUCAAAACUAUAGCAUUGUUCCCAUAAUUGGUAUGGGUGGGGUUGGGAAAACUACUCUUGCUAGACUUGUCUAUGACGAACAGCUGGUCAAGGAUCACUUUGAUCUAAAAGCAUGGGUUUGUGUCUCUGAUGAGUUUGAUACCGUUCGUAUAAGCAAAGAGAUCUUUCAAUCUAUGGCAAACAAGGAAGUUUCAGAUUUUAAUCGGCUUCAAGAAGCUCUUAAAGAUCACGUAAAGGGUAAAAAGUUUCUGUUGGUACUUGAUGACAUAUGGAGCGAAAGUUAUGAGGAUUGGGAAACCCUCGUCAGACCGUUGUAUACAUGUGAUCCUGGUAGUAAGAUCAUCAUAACAACUCGGAAGGAUAAGUUGCUUAAAAAACUGGGUUACAAUCCUCUAAACAAGCAGCUGGAGAGCCUCUCAGAUGAUGACGCCUUGUCUUUAGUUGCUCGAAAUGCAUUAGGGGUAGAUAACUUUGAUUCACAUUUGUCGCUCAAACCAUAUGCUGAAGGUAUUGUGAAAAAAUGUGGAGGAUUACCAUUAGCUUUAAUAGCACUUGGUAGAUUGUUGAGAACAAAAAAAGACGAAGUAGAGCACUGGAAGGAAGUGUUAAACAGUGAGAUAUGGAGAUUAAAUGAUGAAGAUGGAAUUCUCCUAGCCCUUAGAUUGAGCUACCAUGAUCUUUCUGCACCUUUGAAGCGGUUGUUUGCAUACUGCUCAUUGUUUCCCAAGGACUUCCUGUUUGAUAAGGAGGAUCUGGUUUUACUUUGGAUGGCAGAAGGGUUCUUGCAGCAGGCAACUCCAAAUGGUUCAACAGAAGAACAAUGCAUGGGUCGCAAAUACUUUGGCGAGUUGUUGUCAAGGUCAUUUUUUCAACCUGCACCGAAUAAUGAAUCAUUAUUUAUAAUGCAUGACCUCAUGAAUGACUUGGCAACAUCUGUUGCUGGUGAGUUUUUUGUAAGGUUAGACGGUGAGACAAAGAAGGAUAUUGGUGUGGAGAGGUUGAAGUACCGCCAUCUGUCAUUUGUUCGUGAAGAAUAUGUAACUUACGAGAAAUUCAAAGAAUUCACCGAAGCGAUAUAAUUGAGGACAUUCUUGGCAACAUCUGUUGGGGAGGUAGAAAGUUGGAGAAGUUUCUACUUAUCCAAUAAGAUUAUCAGUGACUUGCUUCCUGAGUUACCAUUUCUAAGGGUUCUAAGUUUGAGCAACUUUGAAAUAAGUGAGGUACCGGAGUCCAUUGGUACAUUGAGGCACUUGAGAUAUCUUAAUCUAUCUCGAACUAGUAUCACACAUUUACCGGAGAAAGUUUGCAAUCUCUUUAAUUUACGAAUAUUGAUCCUGUUUGGUUGUGAUAGAUUAA